AUGACAAGUACUACUACAUUAAUAAACCCGUCCAUUGAUAAAGAUAACGAGAACCAAACUAAUAUUAAUAAUUAUCAAAGAGUUCCAUUAAAAACUUCAGUAAUAGGUCAACAAACACAAUCUAAACAAGAAAUAAUAAAUAAUCUACUAAAUUUAGCUAAACAAGAACAAGCCAAGGGUAACUCAUCUAUAACUUCAGAUAAAAUUGAUAAAUUACAAACUAUACUAUCAAAAAAGCAAAAAGAAGAAGAAAACCUGCUGAAUAAAUUUAAAAAAUUUCAAAAUUUACCAACUAUUAAAAAACAAGUUCCCAAAUAUCCUCCUUUAUUUAAUAAAUUUGAUAUAGAUAGUGCAAUCAAAACAAAUCAUACAUCUCCAAAUCCAACUAUAAAAGAAACUACCAGUAAGUCACCAUCAAAAUCACAAUCAAAAAAAUCUAAUAAAAAGUUUUAUAGUCCCAAAAAAUUUACAUUCAAACAACUUGAGUAUAUGUUUAUUAAUUUCCUUGAAAAUAUAGCAAAUUUAUUAGAUAAUUUACAUUUAUUAUCAAAUUUACCAAUGUUUCCAAAAUUUUUAAAUAAUUUAUUAAAACAAACAAAUAAAUUAUGGAUAUUAAUAUUAAUUUUUUUAAUUAGAAAAACUAUAUCACAAUUAUUAAAUGUAAUUAGAAAAAUUAGAAAAAUCAAUGUGGAAAAAACCAUAUUGAAUAAUAAUUCACCAAUCAAAACAAAUUUAAAUGAUGAUAUAAAUAAAAAAUACAACAAAAUAUUAAAAGAUUUAAAAUUUGAUAAGAUGAUGUUGAUUUUAGAAUUAAUUGGAAAUUUAUUAGAUUUUAUUUUCAAUUUAAUUGAAUUAAAUUCUAUUGGUGUUCCAGAUUGGGUUAUGAGUGGAUUAAAUUUUGCAAGUAUGGCUAUGACUAUUUAUAGAAUGAAUAAAGAUGAUGAAUAUAUUGAUGAUGAUAUUACUGAAGAUUUGAUAUAG